GAUAUUCAAUGCACAUUCAAUCGAAAACUAUUCACACAGAACCUAAAUGGAGGAAAGAAAAUCCAAAUGAACUACCACCAGAAAUACCGAAUAGAAUCGCUCGUUCACUAAUGCGAAGCAUCGGAAACAAUGAAUUUCAAUUCACAAAUGAAUCAAUCUCAAACAGAAUAAUACAUUUUGAAGGCUCAGUGAGAUCCAAUAUUCCGGAGGAGUUGCACUCUUAUCAAAAACGUAGACCCUGGAGAAAUCAAAGAUAUCAAAACAAGUCGAGAUAUUAUGCUAACAAUGCAAAUAAGUCAGCACAGCUCCCAAUGAGUCACGGCCAACAAAAUAGGCUGCACCAAGAUCGGCAAAAUCAUAAUUUUGUCCAGCAUCAAGGUCGACGACACUUUGAUGAACACAAGCGUUCUCAUGCUAAAAAUCAUGGACAACACAAUUCUAACUCAUAUUUUGUAAAAAAUAACAACCCACCACAACAAAGGAGCAAGUUGUCACAUUCAUCUAUAACUUCGCGAGCUAAUUUAGAACCACCACUGAAUAAUACUACCACAAAGUCACCAUCAAAAAUCUACACAGCGUUCACAUGAGAUACGGAAGCUACUUUGUACAAGAAUAACCCGAAACGGAAAAGGAGUUUUUAUAAUUUGAAUACCAUUUUAAAAUUUAAGGCAAAGUUGAGCGGAACUCACUACAAUAAAUUAUAUAAAGCUUUUAAGAAAUUUAAGGAAAGUGAACCCCCACUCUUUAAUUUUACUACAUUUAUUCUCCCUACUUUUGUUCAAUUCGUGCUGUCUUUCGGAUUAAAUUUCUCCAAUCCAACAAAACCUAAUUUUAAAUUAAUUGGUGAACAUUUUGAUGAGGCUUUAAGGAAAUUAAGUUGGCAUAUAUAUUUUAAACAGAAUGGAAAAGAAAGAGAAACAAUAACCAGUUUUGACCAAUUUUGUAUAACAUCAAAGAAACGAGUGAAUAACAAUAAACCAAGUUGUGAUUUACAAUCUAAAAUAUUUGUGAACCCGGACAUUACAUCAGAUUUUGUUCAACAUGUAAAGUUAAAAAGGAAAUUUUCGUAUUUAAUCCCAAAUGACACCAUAACAAAUUGUAAACAAUGGAUUCAAGAGCAUGAUAUCGUCAUCAAAAAUGCAGAUAAAAAUGCCGGUAUAUGUAUACUUUUGAAACAAGAUUAUGAAAAUGAAAUAUUAAGGCACCUAAAUGAUGAAUCUACAUACACCCCGUCAACCGCAGCCCAUUACACGAAAAGCAGAGAUGAUUUUGAGGACCUUGUAAAGUGUCUAAAAAUUCAAUUUGAUAACGGUACCCAACUUCAACAUUUAAUAAUUCAAAACGACCAACCUUGUAAGUUCUAUAUAUUGCCUAAAGUACAUAAAACCUUUGUCAGAAUACCACCUGGUAGGCCCAUUACAAGUACAUGUAAUGCAUUUAACAGAAAUAUUAGUGGAUUAGUCGACUUAAUUUUACAACCAAUAAUGAAUUUAAUUCCAUCAUUAAUUCUUGACACUCGACAUUUUUUACUAUUAUUAAAUAACCUUACACUGCCUAAAAAUAGAAACUUAGUAUUACUUACCUAUGACAUUGAAAGUAUGUAUACAAAUCUUGAUGUAAACCUAUGUAAAAAACAUUGUCUAAAUAAGUAUCUGAAAUUUAAAGGUACAUCAUCGGUACCGUAUAAAUUUUCCUCGUAUCAAUUUCAAAAACUUAUGAGUUUAUGCUUGGAUUACAAUUUUAAUAAAUUUAAAAAUCUGUAUUUUAAACAAACUAAAGGGAUCGCGAUGGGAAAUGCAGCAUCGGUGAGCGUGGCAAAUAUUACUGCGGAGUGUGAAUUGUCGCCACUAUUUGAUAAUUGUGAAUAUAUAUUUUUCCAUGCUAGAUUUGUAGAUGAUGGUUUCAUGAUUAUUGAUUCCACUGAUAUUAUUUAUUUCAACGUAUGGUGCAUGAAUAUUUUUUCACAUAGUAAUCUUAAAUUUACACUAAACCAUAGUACAACCGAUAUUUGCUUUUUAGAUGUUAAUGUAAGUUUAUCAAACAAUAAGCUUUCUACAACUUUAUAUAAGAAACCAAUGUCACGCCCAUUAUAUGCUCACUAUCUUUCUAAUUUACCUAAACAACUUCUGAAUUCAUUACCGUAUAGUCAAGGAUUACGAAUUAUAAAAAUUUGUUCCGAAAUUGAGGACAGAGAAACGGAGAUUGAAAUCAUGCUGAAUACAUUUCAUAAUCGUUGUUAUCCUAAUGAUUGUAUAGAUAAUACGCGACAAAGAUUAGCUCAAAUAUCAAGACUAGAUUUAUUAACUAAGUGUAAAAAUUUAAUUAUAGAUAAUUUAAAAUUACACCACCCAGAAAUUCUUUGUAAUAUGAAGGUCAAAACUGAAACUCAUGAUUCCAUUUUACAUAGAUCGUAUGUUGUAAUGCCAUAUUACAAAUCUUUACCAACUCUAAAUAGUCUCACCAUUGAGUUUAUUAUGAAAGAAAGUGAUCGUAUAUAUACACACAUGUUGCAUACGCUCAAUGUUAAAGUAAGUUACAGAAAGAUAAACUCACUUACGAGGCAACUAUGUAAUAAUAUUUAGUAUGUAAUAUGUAUAUGUACAUAUCAUCACCAAGGACGCCAACUUCUGCCCAACAAACUACUCCGUCUUUUUACUUUGACAUAAUCACAUGGAUUUUUAGUCUUUCCAAUUCUAAAUAAAUACUACUAAAUAUAUUUUUAUAAAUAUUUUUAAGAAAAACUCCCUGUUUCAGGGAUGAACUUGAACUAUUUUAUAUAGUAGAGAUCUUCAUUUAUUAAAUUUACCACUUUGUAAAGCCUGAUGAAAGAUUAUGAAACCGGUCGCUACUGCAAAAUUACUUCAAUAAACAAAUCUUUCCAUUA